GCUAUGGAAUUUAUUUUAUGAAUUCGGAAUGCUGAAAAAGUGCUGAAUGCUCAAGCAUUCCUAGUUAUUUCUAAGUUUUAAUAACAUUAUCCUCAUACAUUAUAUAUCAGAACUGAACAUUUUAUUGAAAAUCUAAUAGCAUAACGUAACGUAGACAUAAAUUUAAAUAAUGGAUUUGGAUUUAGUAAAACAUGAAAAUGUGGAGUUAUUAGGACGCUGUAAGUGUUGUUUGGAUGACGUUAAUCUCAAAUCUUUAUGGGAAGAAUAUGAUAAUGAUGGUCAGGUAGAAGUUUAUGGCGCGAUGGUUGAAGAAUGCUAUUCGUUGAAUUGGGAAAGAAAGGAUGGAAAUGAAUUUAUAUGCAGUGCAUGCAUAGUGCGUUUGCGGGAUGCUCUUAACUUCAAAAGGGAGAUUAUUGCAUCUGACCAAGUGCUUCAGCAAGUGCAAUUCGAAUUCAAAAAUAAUAUUAGUGUGGAUGUCAAAGUUGAAGUUGAAUCUUCAGAGGACAUUGAUGAAUAUCAUGAUGUAGAAUACUUAGAGUUAGAAGGUGAUAAUUCUGCUACAACUGAAGCAAAUGCGACUGAGAUAGCUACAGAACUGCCUAGUCGUAAAUGGCCAAAAAAGAGAAAAGGUGCAGAUCGUUUGAAAGUUUACAAAAAAUACACGCAGCUUGAGCUUAGAGAAGCUAUGGACGCAGUGAAAAGUGGCAAGAUGACCCGCACAGAAGCUUCUGAAAUUUACAACAUUCCUAGGAAUACUAUCGCGAACAAUUUGAAUAAAUACAAUUCAUUAAUUGAAACUCAUAAUGAUUCCACGGAGGAAACUUCCAAUAAGGAGAAGAAUUUUAAGCUCAUUGAAGAGAUUAAAGCACUGCUAACAUUAACAAAUGCCAUACCAUUCAAAACCAAAACCGCAAAAUACUAUUGUGCAUAUUGUUCUACAGAUGGACCUAUGUUUGAAGAUGGUGAUGAAUUACGAAUUCAUACCAUAAAUGAACACAGUGAACAUAGAACAUACAAUGUUGACCAUUUCAUGAGACCUUACUGGCUCAAUGAAAUACUCAAACUCGAUGUUGAUAACCUCGCAUGCAAUUUAUGUGAAACAAAGUUGCCAGACUGGAAUGGAAUGUUCCAGCACUUUUCUAAUGAACACGAAAUUGAAUUUGAUGAAGCCUAUACAAGAGUUGUUCCAUAUAUAAUAAGCGAUAACAUCAGAUGUGUAUUAUGUCACGAAGCUUUUAAUAAUUUCCAUCAGCUAGAUGGCCAUAUGAAUGCCCAUUACAAUAACUAUAUAUGUUACGAAUGCGGCGAUACAUUUGUAGCGUCCAGCAGAUUAGAAAAACAUGUUCAAGUGCAUAGUAAGGGAAAAUUUCCAUGUGAUGAAUGCGGUAAAGUGUUUUCACUGCAAAAGUAUCGAGUGAAGCAUACCAAUUUAGUACAUCGACAGAAUGUAUUGAAGUGUCAGUUUUGUCCUGAAAAAUUCAGCACUGCAGUGCUGCGACAAUUGCAUCAUGUUGAAAAGCAUAAAGAUCAAAUUAAGGAAUAUACAUGUGAGUUCUGCGGUACGGUGUUCAAUUAUAAGCCAAAAUUCAUAAAACAUUUGCAAAGGAAGCACAGUAUUGAGAAGAACAAUAAGUGUGAUGUGUGUGAUAAGUCAUUUAUUAAAAAAUAUGAAUUACGUCUCCACAUGUUGCGACACAAGCAAAAUAAGAAAUAUGUGUGUACUGUGUGUGGUGAAGGUUAUAGGAGAAAAGCUAAUUUUAACAAUCAUUUUAAAAUUCAUCAGAAAGAAAAUGUUGAAAUUACAUUAAAUGAAGACCAAGAACAAAUUACUUUUAAAGAAGAGGAACAAAUUGAGUAAUUAAAAAGAGUUGAUAUAUACAAUAUUAAUUUUCUUAAAAUAAGCCAAAUAGAGACUGGAUUGAAUGGACCGGAAUACUUUGGGUAUACAACGUAAGGAAUAUAUUUACAGUAAAAAGUAAAGUGUGUUAUAUUUAUUGUAAGUCUACAUUUAAAAUUAAAUCUAUAUGCCACAUUACAUAUAGGCAUUUCUUGCAAACAUUGCCAUGAGCUAAUGUCAUAUUAUAAUACCGCUUGAUUUCAAAAGCUUUGUUACUGCAUUUUAACCAAGUUAUACAUACUUUUUUAAAUUUUCAUACAUCUUUAAAUUAUUAGAUCAUCAUAACAAAAUCAAAUAGUUGUAUGCAGUGUUUGUAAUUUGGUAUGUUUAUAGUUCAUAGACAUUCAUACAUAUUUUUAUAUUUAGAUAGGUUUUCAAAGUAAUCAAUUGAUGCAAUGUUUCAUAUUUUAUGUCACAUUCUAAUGAUCAACAAAGUAAUAGUGAUUAUCAUAAUGCCUACAUAAUAUAUCUAAUAUUUAUCUAAAGAAAAUGUGUAAUCUAUCAAAGUAAAAAUUAUUUAUUGAUCCUAUUGAUCAAUCGAACCUUAAUUAUUUCUAAUUGAAAUUCAUGUCAUAACAUUUUAUGAUGUAUAUUGAUUUUUAGUUUAUCACUGCCUUGAGCGUGUCCACAUGUCCACGGCCGCGGCUCGGCGCCGUCAACGCGCAACGAUGCGAUGUCGCGGCGCGGUGUGUUGCUGCGUUGUAGAAAUUAACGUUGCCGUAUCGUAAAAAUUCACGUCACGAUGCCGCAACGUUACACGGCACGGCAGCCUUGGCAGAUAAGUGGCAGUCUGUAGCAUAGUGUGACCAGAUUUACCAGAAAUCUGCGAUUUUAGCAGAAUAUGACUCCCGAUUUAGGGCUUAGCAUAAUACGACGCAGAAUAGAUAAAGUUGACAAUUUUUAGCAGAAUCUUAAUAAUCUUAACAUAAUUUUAACAUAAUUCAACAUUUAUUGUACGAUAACUAGGUUUCAUUGAAAUAGUUGUGCUAGAAACAUAGAAAAAUCUACCAUUUCCAUUUUAUGUAACGUUUUUGUUGGUGUGUUUGCCUUGGCCAUCCUCCAGCAGUGCAGAAAUUCAGCAUUCUUUUUUAAAUGUUUAGCAUAUUUUAGCAGAUUAGCCAAGCAACUAGCAGAAUUUCUGCGGGGGUCAUAUUCUGCUAAAAUCACAGAAUUCUGGUAAAUCUGGUCACACUGUGCUACAGACUGCCACUUCUCUGCCAAGGCUGCCGUGCCGUGGACAUGUGGACACGCUCUUAUGCUCAUAAUAGGCAAUAUUAUGAAUAGCAAAGAUUGUUUUUAGGUACCUUUUGUAGAUAUAUAACCUUGUUAUCUAUUUUGAAUAUAAUGUAAAAAUUUUCAUCAAGACAAGAUAAUAGGUUAUUGUGUUCUGAAGUGAAACUGUUUUAGGCGCGUUGAGAUUAAAAUUUCAUGGUCUUUCCAAAUAAGUUUCACUUCUGAUACGUAUGCUCGGCACACACGCUCUUUUUUAUAUAAAUUGAUUUAUAUGAAUUGAAAUGAAAAACAAAUGGUUAAUGUUGGGCGGGUGUUUAAUUUAUUUUUAAAUAUUAAACACAUUAGAUAUAAUAGUAUGUAAGUAUUGUAAAUAUAAGUUAGGUAAUUGUUAAAUAAAUUUGUUGUAAAACGUU